GUUUGCCUUCAAAAGGUAUUUUUUGUAUGUGUAGAAGGAAGUGAAAAUGUGUUUUGAUUGACAUUUUCUUUUCAUUUUUCUUUUAGCUGCUGACUUUGACAUUUCAGUAAGUCUACUGGAGGCUUAAUUUUGAAUAAAUGCUACUGUUUUCUUGUCUUUGUAUUUCUGUCUUUUGUUUGUUAUAUAGCUUCUCUUUCUUAGUAGUUGCCAGCUUCUUUCUUCAAAGCUUCUUUUUUUAAAGUCAAGUAGUAGCAGCUAGCCAAAGCUGUGGUGUUAUUUUUUCCAGAUUGACUCUAGGGUUUGUAGAAUGAGAAAAGAAUUUGGGAUUAUUUUAUUUAUUUCUGCUUUAAAUAUUUUCUUUCUGGUGGGUGAUGGUGAUUUUUUCCAGUUGCUUCCACUCUUAAUUCUGGCUGGUCAACAAUCCACCAUUCUGCAUCAACAAUGGUGACAGACUUUUCUAAAGGGGAAAAAGUAACUGGAAUAGGAGUGAGAAAAAUGAAGAGACUUAAUAUUAGCACUUGUUUUACCAUCACUUAGUAUAUGGAUUUUGCAUGUGAACCUCUGGAAACGUCACUGGGGUCAUGCUGGGUGUCUAUCCCUGGAGACAGCAGGUGGAGCUGAAUGUCAUGCCAUAAGACAGGGGGACACAAGCACAAAUCCAUAUGGAGGAUGAACCUCCUCCUCCUCAAGGAGUCAGUGCCAAGGCCCUGGAGGCAACACUCUUGUCAGCCCUGAAGAUGCUGGAUGUUGGGAAAUGGCCGAUUUUUUCUCUCUGCUCCCCAGAAGAGAUCAAGUUAAUUCGUCAAGCCUGUGUAUUUGGCAGUGCUGGUAAUGAAGUGUUGUAUGCAACUGAAAAUGAUGAGGUUUUUGUGCUUGGCAUGAACUGCAGUGGCUGUUUGGGAACAGGAGACAUGCAGAGCACUAUAGAGCCAAGGAGGUUGGAUUCCCUGUGUGGCAAAAAGAUAGCCUGCCUGAGUUAUGGAAGUGGCCCUCAUGUUGUUCUUGCUACAGAAGAAGGAGAAGUGUAUACAUGGGGUCAUAAUGCUUACAGUCAGCUGGGCAAUGGUACAACAAAUCAUGGCUUCAUUCCCUGUCAAGUCUCUACUAACUUGGUGAACAAGAAAGUCAUUGAGGUUGCCUGUGGCUCUCACCACUCCAUGGUGUUAACCUCUGAUGGAGAGGUGUACACGUGGGGUUAUAAUAACUCGGGCCAGGUUGGAUCUGGUUCAACAGCAAAUCAACCAAUUCCUCGAAGAGUUACCAGCUGCCUGCAAAACAAAAUAGUUGUUAAUAUAGCUUGUGGGCAGAUGUGCUCUAUGGCUGUGGUGGAAAAUGGAGAGGUCUAUGUCUGGGGGUACAAUGGGAAUGGCCAGCUGGGGCUGGGCAGCAGCGGCAACCAGCCCACGCCGUGCCGGAUCGCAGCCCUGCAGGGCAUUCGUGUGCAGCGGGUUGCCUGUGGCUAUGCACAUACAUUAGUGCUAACAGAUGAAGGUCAGAUAUAUGCCUGGGGAGCCAAUUCAUACGGCCAGUUAGGUACUGGGAAUAAAAGUAACCAGUCUUACCCUACAACAGUUAUUGUGGAUAAGGACAGGGUGGUGGAGAUCGCCGCCUGCCACUCGGCGCACACGUCGGCGGCCAAGACGCAGAGCGGCCAGGUGUACAUGUGGGGGCAGUGCCGGGGCCAGUCCGUCACCUUCCCCCACCUCACCCACUUCGCCUGCACCGACGAUGUGUUCGCCUGCUUCGCCACCCCUGCCGUCAUGUGGCGCCUGCUCUCCGUAGAGCCUGAUGACCACCUAACAGUAGCCCAGUCACUAAAGAAGGAAUUUGACAACCCUGAAACUGCAGACCUGAAGUUCCUAGUGGAUGGAAAAUACAUUCAUGUUCAUAAAGUUCUUCUUAAAAUUAGGUGUGAACAUUUUCGCUCCGUACUCAAUAAUGAUGAUGAAAUUAUAGAAAUGAGUGAAUUUUCUUACCCUGUUUACCGAGCCUUCCUGGAAUAUCUGUAUACAGACAACAUUAGGCUCCCUCCUGAAGAUGCUAUAGGGCUGCUAGAUUUGGCAACACUAUAUAGAGAAAACAGGCUGAAAAAGCUUUGCCAGCAAACGAUCAAACAAGGCAUCUGUGAAGAGAAUGCCAUUGCUCUCCUUUCUGCCGCUGUCAAGUAUGAAGCUCAGGACUUGGAAGAAUUUUGCUUCAGAUUUUGCAUAAACCAUUUGACUGUUGUUACACAAACUCAAGGCUUUGCAGACAUGGACCAUGACCUCCUGAAAAACUUCAUUAGCAAAGCCAGCAGAGUGGGAGCAUUCCGAAAUUGAGCUCUGACUACUACCAAGCUGAAGAGCACGUCCUCUUCCCUUCUGGAAAUACUUUUCCUUUGGAGAACUCCUCCGUGGUCAGAAUGUGCAAUGGUUUGGAAAGUCUCAGUGUCCAUCAGCUUAGGGAGUGUGUAGAAGUCCACUAACAUGUAGGCUUUGUUGUGAGGAUGGCUACAGUGUAGGUGUGUGGUGACUGUUCAUUGCCAAUAGCCAACAGAAUUUAACACAAAAAUCUAAUGCAGUAACUACCCUUUAACACCCCAAGUCAAGCAAACUAAGCUUGUCAUUAUCUAGUCUGUCUAAUUUUUAAUUUUUUUUUUAAACAGUCUGUUUGGAUUUUAUGGGACAGUGACCUCUUUGCUGCUAAAACUUUCAUAUGCUGUAUUUUUUGUGUUAAAACUCAGUUAAUAUGCCAUAAUGAGCUUCUUUUUAUAAUCCAGUGGAGAUACAAACUUUUCUGGUCAUAUGGUAAAGUACUGUAAGUCCUUUAGGAUGAGAGGCUUUCUGGUUUGUAGGAGGGUAUGUCUCACUUGUUGUUUAUUUGGAGUUAAUUUGUGAGGAGCUUCAGCAGGAUAUUACAGUUUUGAGUUCCCAGCACUUGUCUCAUUGUUUAGCCAGAAUGAAGAGGGUCUCCCUUGCCAUUACACCAGGCAUGUCCCUGGCACCCCAAUGGAAGCACUCACCAAGUUUGUCUGGGAUGUGAAUUGUCAUGCUGUGAGUUUUACUACUAAGAAAACCACCUAAUUACAAACCCAAACAAGCUUUCUUCAAGUUCUGCUUGAGGCUUAUUUAUUCCUGUUUUACUAUCUCUCCUCAGACAGAUCAACUUCAGAAAAAUGGAGAAAAAGGUGGUUUUGAAGUGUUAGCUUCAAAUUGAUUGAAUUUUAAGAGUGAACUGACACUAUAUUUGAAAUGGUGAUAAAGGUAUCUUGUCCAAAUAGGGCAUUUCAGAUUCUCCUGUGGUCAGAGCUGUGAGGUGACCACUCCACUUUCCUUUCAGGGCUGUUCAGAAGAGAGGAGAUGCCCUCUGGCCAUGCCCCUCUCCCACCACUGAUCAUCAGUGGCUAAGGUAGAGUAGAUGCUUCGUUCCUAACUGGCUGAAGGGAAUAUUAAGGUGAAAAACCCACCCAGUGCUGCCCAGAGAGAGGUUUGCCCUAUUACACAAGAUGUGGAGCUUAUGGAGCAUUUACUUGAAUUUUCUAACAGGUAACUGUGAAUUAACCCUGAGAAUUUCAGAUUUUGACUGAGUGAAGUGACUUCAAGUGCCUUUUGCAGUAUUUUACAAAUGGGGAAGACAAAAAGCUGGAUGACCAGGCUCAGUACACGAAUAUAAUUAUGUAAGUAGUCCUGCAGCCUUCCUGCAGGUCUCCGCUCUGCCACAGCAUCCUUCAAUGAUGUUUUCUAAUCCUCAGAUGUGGUUCCUAAGAACCUAAAUUAUCACAUCUUCAUGUCUAAGGUGGAAUUAGCUGUUCUUUACUAUAUUGGAAGCUCAUUUCUCAAACAAUCCUGUUCUUUGAGGAAGAGUAGGAGGAAAAAGUGGAAGAGGAGUAGUGAGUAGUACUCCCUUCACCCCAGGCCCCGUGUGUGUGAAUGGAAAGGUGAAGCACACAGGUAGCAGAAUUUACUUAGGAAGGGGGUGAUGAGCAAGUAUUUUUGAAAAUGCUGUGGUAAAUAUUUAAUUGUGUUUGAGACAUUUGCCUCAGACCCUCACUAGAUAUAUAUUGGAUUAUCUACUGCUAACAAGCACAUUCUGCCACCCCCUCUGUGAUGAGUAUGACUUCCUCCAGCAGCGUUAAGUCUGUUCUUAGCAGCUGUGUCAGUAUUUUGUAUUCAAACAGAAGUGGUCAAAGCCUUUCCAAUACAUAAUGCAGAUUCAUCAAAAACACAGCUUUGCUGGGGGAGGAGAUCAGUUUUGUUAAGUUUGUUUUGAGAAGUACUUGACACCAGCACACAGACAGAGGUUACUGCAGACAGUGAGAUAGAGUCACCAUAGGGCUGUACCCUGUGUGCUGUAACCCAGCACUGAUCAUACCAGUGUGGGCAUUCCAUGUAAGCCAAGGCUGCAGAUCCCUGGGUAGGCCUGAGGUGCCAGAUUCACCUGCCAGCACUUCCUUCAGGGUAGCAGUGCAUGGAACGAGGGUGUACGACCACAUCCCAGCCUUGGGGCAGCAGCUGGCACCAGCCCCUGUCCUGCCCACCCCCAUGGCCUCACACUGGCACACAUCCAGUCUGACUGGGAAAUGGAACCAGCUGGGAAACCCCAGCCCUGCUGCUGGCUUGGCAGUGGUCACUCCAGCUUUCCUAAGGUGUGGAUUAUGAAAGGUCUCUCCACAAGUUUCUGUUGUUUUACUCAGAAGAAUCAAACAAAAAACUAUAUGUGUGAAAUGAUGGGGUUUUUUUUUUUUUUUUGACUCAACAUCUGAUCAGAAAACUUGCCUUGCUCUCUGGGGACACUACUGCAUGGAAUGAUAGCACUGGAGAGAGGCACCACUCUCCUCUGUUAGCUCAAGUUCAUAACAAAGGAGUUGAACAGAGAUUGCAGCUGAAAUGGCAUGCUGCUUGGAACAAGACAUUUUUGAUUUAAUAGAACAAAGUGUCAUUUUUUUCCCAAUUUACUUCCUUUCCAGCCAACCAUACACAUUAAAGCCUACUUGCAAUUGCAGAAUAAUUGACAAAGACUGUAAUAUUGAGUAAAAGCAUCUCUGGACUGAAUGAGGGUGAUUCUAAAGGUCCAAUGUGUCAGCGUUGGCUUUUAUUUUCUAUCAUCUGACCUGGAUGUGAUAGUGUUACAUUCAUAGAAACAUUUAUUUAUUUACUUUUAAAAUUUUCUUUGCAUGUGUUCAAAGAAAAACCACCCUUACUGGCUUAGGUGGUUAAAUGUGGGUGCAUGGAUGUAAAUAUUCCUUGAAACCCAACCAUGGGACAUCUCAGAAGAAAUUAGGGAUGUGUUUUACUGUGGUGAGAUAGACUGCAACAGCCUUUUGUUUGUUUAUCUUGCAGGUUAAAUACUUUAUUAAGUAUUGUUCUGUUUUAGGAUAGCACAGAAAAAAGGUAUUUCAUAAAGAAGUGAAAAUUUGGUCAUGCAGAAAGUGUGUCUGGGGUUUAAAUAAAAAACAAUGUUCUGCUUUCCAGAAAGAAGUCUGAAAAAAAAAAUUUCAGGGGGAGGAUCAUUUGAAGGUUCUCCUAAGUUAUUGAAGCUAAAAGCCAGCACUGCCUUGUCAUCUAGUAUCCACCUGUAGAGUUCUGUUACAAUGCUUGGUAACUAUGUAAACUGCUGUUUUUAUCUGAUCUGAACACUUUCCAUGGACUUUCCUUGUAAAACUAAGCAUUUAUUUGCCCCAGAGAGGCAGGAUUCAUUGGCCACCACCCAAUGAUGCAGAAAGUUUACAGCCUGAUUUUACAUAAAUGAUUUUUUUGUUCUAUAUAAGCUUACCUGGUUUAAUAAACCAUUAAUAAAAAUGCCAUAAUAUUUAAAACAGUUUGAAUGGGACUUUUUUCCUUUCUUUUCAGUAAAAAUGAAGAAAGUUUGAUGCUUGUGGACUGAAUUGACUGUAUGUGGGGAGGGAAGUAAAGCAGAUAAUAUUUCACAGAGGUACCUUGAAAGCUAUUUGUGCUCUUAGGAAAUCACUGUCACCAGAUGAUAAGACAUAUGUAAGCUGGAGAAUUUCUUCAAGAAAUUCCUUCAAAAGAAUUUCUUUCUUUAAAAGAAAUCAAUGCCCUGCUGACUUAAUAAACUGUGAUUAAUCAAAUGGUCCUCAGAACACCAAUCAUUGUUUCUUAAGCAAAUGUAUAUUACGACAAGCUUGUUACAUUUAAAAUAUUUUAAAUAUUAUAGCUUAUACUGUGUGCUGGUAUCACACAGUCAUGAUCUUCUCCAGCUGCUUCACAUUUGACACAGGUGUCUUCCUGCAGCCACUCCAGUACCUGAAAAUGUGCAUUUGCACAUUCCCUGUGGCUGUUCUGGUAGCUGUGAGAAAGCUGCUGUUUAAUACAGCCCCUCUGCCCAAGCACUGCCUCAACACAAAAUGCUUCACUUGCAAGUCCAAAGGCAGGGAAAAGAAAUAAGCUCCUAUGACAUGUAAGAAUAAACAGCAUUUGGAAACAGUGGACAGCAGGAAGAGAUUAAGGUAUAAAACAUCAAAUGAAGAGGCUGGGAAGCUCAUCCACCUUCUCAUGGCUGCAGAGCCAGACUGAUAGAUUCCAUUCCUUUCUGUCCAAUGGACAGAAAUGGGCCUUUAAAGGAUACAAUUUACCUGACCUCAUCUUACACCCAGGGCUUCUUCAGCUUUCUACAGAAAUUGAUGCUUGGUGUUAAGCACCUAAAAUGGCCAUCACAUUUUGUGCCCAGCUUCUGCUGUGAUUCCAAAUUUUCUUUUUUCCUGGAACAGUUUCAAUAUUCCAGGCCAUUUAUAG